AUGGCAGCAGCCCCAGCAUCUUCAUGGAGGAGGGAGGAGUGGAGGUGGGAUGUGGGUGGGUGUGGUGGGGUGAGUGGGGUGGUGUGUGGAGUGUGUGGUGUGAGUGUUGGGGUGUGUUGGUGUGUGUGUGGAGUUGGUGGUGUGUGGGGGUGUGGGUGUGGGUGUGAUGGGAGGUGGGUAGUGUGGGUUGUGGUGUGUGUUGGUGGUGUUGGUGGGUGUGUGGUGGGUGUGUGUGGGGGUGUGUGUGUUGGUGUGGUUGUGUGUGUGUGUGGGUGGUUUGGUGUUGUGUGGGUGUGGUUGUUGUGUGUGUGGUGGGUGUGUGGUGUGGGGUGUGUGGUGGGUGUGUUGUGGGUUGUGUGGUGUGUUGUGGUGUGUGUGGUUGUUGUGUGGUGGUUGUUGGUGGGUGUGUGGGUGUGUGUUUGUUGGUUGUUGUGUUGUGGUGGUGUUGUGGUUGUGGUGUGGUUGUUGGUGUGUGGUGGGUUGUGUGGUGUUUUGGUGUUUGGUGGUUUGUUUGUGUUGGUUGUGUGGUGUGGUGUGUUUUGGUGUUGUGUUGGGUUUGUUUUGUGUGGUGUUGUGUUGUGUUGUUGGUGGGUUGUGGUGGUUGUUGUGUUGUUGUGUUGGUUGUGUUGUUGGUUUGGUGUGUUUGGUGGUUGUUUUGUUGUUUGUUUUGUGUUUGUGGGUUUUGUGUGUUGUUGGGUUUGUUGUUUGGUUGUGUUGUGUGGUUUGUUGUGUGGUUGGUUGGGUGUGGUGUUUGGUGUUGGUGUUUUGUUUUGUGUUUGUGGGUUUGGUGUUUUGUUGGGUGUUUUUGUUUGUUGUUUUGGUGGUUGUGUUGGUGGUGUGUGGUGGUUGUUGUGUGUUGGGUUUUUGGGUUGUGUGGUUGUUUGUUGUGUGUGUUUGGUUUUGUUGGUGGGUGUUGGUGGUGUGUUUGUGUGGUGUGUGUGGUUUUGUGUGUGUUUUGUUUUGUUUGGUGGUGUUGUUGUUGGGUUGUGGUUGUUGUUGUGUGUUGUGGUGUGUGGGUGUGUGGUGGGUGUGUUGUUGGGGUGUUGGGUGGUUGUUGUGGUUGUGUGGUGUGUGGUUGUUGUUGGUUGGUGGGUUGUGGUGGUUUGUGGUGGUUGUGGUGGUUUGUGUGGUUGUUGUGGGUUUUGGUGUUUUGUGUUUUGUGUUGUGGUUGUGUGGUGGUGUUGUGGGUGUUGUUGGUGGUUUUGUGGUGUGUGUUGGUUUGGGUUGUUGUGGGUUGGUGUGUUUGGGUUGUUGGUGUUGUUUGUGUGGGUGUGUUGUGGUGUGUUGUUUUGUUUGGUGUGGUUGUUUGGUGGUUUGGUGGUGUUGUUGUUUUGGUUUGUGGUUGUGUUGUGGUGGUGUGUUGUGGUGUUUGUGGUGGUUUGUUGUGUGUUUGUUGGGGUGUUUGUGGUUGUGUUGUGGGUGUGUUGGUGGUGUUGGUGGGUUGUUGUUUGUGGUGUGUUGGUUGGUGUGUGGGUUUGUGUUUGUGUUGUUGUGGGUUGGUGUUGUGUGGGUUUGUGGUGUGUUGUGGUUGUGUGGGUGGGUGUGUGUGGUGUUUGGUGUGGGGUGUUGUGUGGGUUGUGUUGUGGGUGUGUGGGUUGUGUGUUGGUUGUUGUUGGGUGUUGUUGGGGUGUGUUUGUUGUGUGGUUGUUUGGUUGUGGGUGUUUUGGUGGUUGUGUGGUGUUUGUGGUUUGUGGGUGGGUGUUGUGGUUUUGUGGUGUUUUGUGGUUGGUUUGGGUUGUUGUGGUGUGGUUUGUGUUGUGUGGUUUGUGGUGUUUUGUGGGUGUGUUGUGGGUUGUGUGUGGUUGUUGUGGUGUGUGUGUGUUUGUGUUUGUGGGUUUUUGGUUGUUGGUUUGUGUUGUGUGUUUUGGUGUGUUGGUGGGUGUGUUGUGUGGUGUUGGUGUGGUGUUGUGUGUUGUGGUUGUGUGUUUGUGUGUUUUGGGGGUGUUUUUGGUUUGGUGUGUUGUGGUGUUUUGGGUGUUUUGGGUUGUGUGGUGGUUUUGGUGUGUGUUUGUGUGUGUUGGUGGGUGUGUUGUGGGUGUUGUGGUGUGGUGUUGUUGGGUGGUGUGUGGGUGGGUGGUGUUGGUGGUUGUGUGGUGUGUGUGUUGGUGGGUUGUGGGUGGGUGUUGGUGGUUGUUUGUGGGUUGGUUUGUGUUGUGUGUGUGUUGGGGUUGUUGGUUUUUGUGGUGUUGUGUUUUGUUUUUGUGUGUGUUUUGUUGUGUUUUUGGGUGUUUUGUUUGUGUGUUGUGUUUGGUGGUUGUUUGUUGUGUUGUUGGUGUUUGGUUUGUGGGUGUGUGUGGUGGUUGGGUUGUUUGGUUGUGUGGGUUGUUGUGGUUUUUGUGUGUUGUGGGUGUGUGUGGGUUGGUGUUUGUUGGUGUGUUGUGUGUGUGUUGUUGUGUUUGUGGGUGUGUUGUUGUGUGUGUGUGUGGGUUGUUUGUUUUGUGUGUGUUGUUUGGUUGUGUUUUUUGGGUGUGUUUGUGUGUGUGGUUGUUGUUGUGUGGGUGUGUUGGGGUGUUGUGGGGGGUGUGUUGUUUGGUUGUUUGUGGUGUGUUGUUGGUGUUUGUGGUUGGUGGUGUGUGUGGGUGGUGUGUGUGGUGUGUGUGUGUGGUUGUUUGUUUGUGGUGUUUGUGUGGUUGGUUUUGGUGGGUGUGUGUGUUGUGGUGUUGUUGGGUGUGUUGUGGGUGUGUGGGUGUUUUGGUGUGUGUGGGGUUGUGUGGUUGUGUGGUGGUUGUUUGUGGUGGUUUUUUUUGUGGUUUGUUUUGUUGUUGUGUUGGUGUGGGUUUGUUGUGGUUUGUGUGUUGUUGUGUUGUGUUGUUGUGUUGUGGUGGGUGUGUUUGGUGUGGUGUGUGUUUGGUUUUUUUGUUGUGUGGUGGUGGUUUGUUGUGUGGUGUGGGUUGUUGGUUUGGUGGUGUGUUGUGGUUGUGUUUUGGGUUGUUGUGUUUGUGUUUGUGGUUUUUGUGUGUUUUGUGGUUUUUGGUGUUGUGGGUGGUUUGGUUUUUUUGGUGUUUGUGGGUGUUGGUGUGUGUUGUGGUUGUUGGUGUGUGUUGUGUGGUUGGGUUUUUUGUGUGUGUGGUGUUUGUUUUGUGUUGUGUUUUGGUGGUUUGUUGGUUUUGUGGGGUUUUGGGUUUUGUGGUGGUUUUGUGUUUUGUGGUGGUUUUGGUGUUUGUGUUGGUGGUUGUUGGGUGUGUUUUGUUUUUGUUGUUGUGUGGGGUUUUUUGUGUGUUGUGUUUUGUGUGUUGUUGUGGUUGUUGUUGUGUUGUUUGGUUUUGGUUUGGUGUGUUUGUGGUUGUUUGUUGGUGGUUUGUUGUGUUGUUUUUUUUGGUUUUUGUUUUGGUUUGUUGUGUUGUUUUGGUUUUUGUUUGUUUUGUUUUUGUUUUGUUGUUGGGUGUGUUGUUUGUGGUGUGUUUGUGUUGUGUGUUUUUGUGUGUGUGGUGUGUGUUUGGUUUUUGUGUGUUGUUUGGUUGUGUGGUUGUGGGUUGUGUGGGUGUUGUGUUGUUGUGGUUUUUGUGUUUUUGUGUGGUGUGUUGUUUGGUUUGUGUGGUUGUUUACUACAACUACCCACAUCCUUCCUCGCUCACAUCUCCACUCACACUCCCUCCAUCCCCUCUACCUCCUCCUUCUCCACUCCCCUCUCUCCACCCUCCUAUCCUCACUGCCCCGCUAUCACCUCCCGCUCCUCCCAUCUCCUCUCCUGCUCUCCCUCCACUCCCCUCCUCUCCUCAACUCCCUCUCCUCCUCUCCUCCUCUCCUCCCUCUCUCCUCACCAUCUCCUCUCCCUCUCUCCCUCCUCUCUCGCCUCCUCUUCCCCUCCCCCUCCUCCUCACUCCCCUCCUCUCCCUCCUCCUCCCCUCCUCCCCCUCCGCCUCCUCCCCUCCUCUUCCCCCCUCUCUCACACUCCCCUCCUCUCCCUCCUCUCCACUCCCCUCUACCUCCUCCCCCUCCUCCUCUCUCCCCUCUCCUCCCUCUCUCCCUCUCUCUCCCCUCCUCCUCCUCCCUCUCCCUCUCCCCUCUCCUCCUCUCCCCUCUCCUCCCCCUCUCCUCUCCUCCCUCUCCCUCCUCUCCCUCCUCCCUCUCUCCUCCCUCCUCCCUCCUCCUCUCUCCUCCCCUCUCCUCUCCUCUCCCUCUCCCCCUCCUCUCCCCUCCUCCUCCUCUCCUCCCCUCUCCUCUCUCCCCCCUCUCUCCUCUCCUCCCCUCUCCUCCUCCCUCUCUCCUCUCUCCCUCCUCCUCCCCUCUCCUCUCUCCUCCUCUCCCCUCUCCCUCCUCUCCUCCUCCUCCUCCCUCCUCUCCUCUCCCCUCUCCUCCUCCCUCCUCUCCUCCUCCCUCCCCUCUCCUCCCUCUCCUCCCUCCUCUCUCCCUCUCUCCCUCUCCCUCCCUCUCCCCCUCCCUCUCUCCUCUCCUCCCUCCUCCUCCCCUCCUCUCACUCCCCUCUCUCCCUCCUCUCCCUCCUCCUCCCCUCCUCCCCUCCUCUCCCUCCCUCUCCUCUCUCCCCCUCCUCUCCUCUCUCCCCUCCUCUCCCUCCCUCUCUCCCCUCCUCCCUCUCUCCCUCCCCUCUCCUCCCCUCUCCCUCCCUCUCCUCCUCUCCCCUCCUCCCUCUCCCCUCCUCCCUCUCUCCCCUCCUCCCUCCUCUCUCCCCUCCUCUCCUCCUCUCCCUCCCCUCCUCCCCUCUCCUCCUCUCCUCCCCUCUCUCCUCUCCUCCUCUCCCUCCCUCCUCUCCCUCCUCUCCCUCCUCCCUCUCCCCUCCCUCUCCCUCCUCUCCCUCCUCCCCUCUCUCCCUCUCCUCCUCCCCUCUCUCCCUCCUCUCCCUCCCUCCUCCCUCUCCUCCUCCUCUCCUCCCCUCUCCCUCUCCCCCUCCUCCCCUCCUCUCCUCCCCUCCUCCUCCCUCCCCCUCUCUCCCUCUCCUCCUCCUCCCUCCCCUCUCUCCCCUCCUCCUCUCCCCUCCUCUCCCCUCCUCCUCCUCUCCUCCUCUCCCCUCCUCUCUCCCCCCUCCUCUCCCUCCUCUCCCCUCCUCCUCUCCCCUCCCUCUCCUCUCCUCCCUCUCCCUCCUCCCUCCCCUCUCUCCUCCUCCCCUCUCCUCCCCUCUCCCUCCCUCCUCUCUCCCCUCCUCUCCUCUCUCCUCCCCCUCUCUCCCUCCCCUCUCUCUCCUCCCCUCUCCUCCUCCCCCUCUCCCUCCUCUCUCUCCCCUCCUCUCCCUCCUCUCUCCUCCCUCUCUCCUCCCCCUCCUCUCCUCCCUCUCCCUCUCCUCCUCUCUCCUCCCCCUCUCUCCUCCUCUCCUCCCCUCUCUCCUCCCUCCUCCUCUCCCUCUCCCUCCUCCCUCUCCUCUCUCCCUCCUCCCUCUCCUCCUCCUCCUCCUCUCCUCUCCCCUCUCUCCUCCCUCCCUCUCCCUCCCCUCCUCUCCCUCCCCCUCCUCCUCUCUCUCCCCUCCCUCUCCCUCUCCCUCCCUCCUCCCCUCUCCUCUCCCUCCCCUCUCUCUCCCUCCCCUCCUCCCUCUCCCCCUCUCCCUCCCUCUCCUCCCUCUCUCCCUCCCCUCCUCCUCUCUCCCUCCUCUCCCCCUCCUCUCUCUCCCUCCCCUCUCCUCCCCCUCUCCUCCCCUCCCUCUCCUCCCCUCUCUCCUCCCCUCCCUCCUCCCUCCCCCUCUCUCCUCCUCUCCCCCUCUCUCCUCCCCCUCUCCCUCCUCUCCCUCCUCCCUCUCCUCCCCUCUCCCUCCUCCCCUCUCCUCUCCCUCCUCUCCUCCCCCUCUCCCUCCUCCCUCCUCUCUCCCUCCCUCUCCCCUCCCCUCUCCUCCUCUCCCCUCCUCUCCUCCUCCCUCCUCCCCUCCCUCUCCUCCUCUCUCCCCCCUCCUCUCUCUCCUCUCCUCCUCCCCUCUCUCUCCCCCUCCCUCUCCUCCCUCUCUCCUCCUCUCCCUCCCUCCUCUCCUCUCCCCUCCCUCCUCUCCUCCCCUCCUCUCCCUCUCCUCCCCUCUCCUCCUCUCCUCCUCCCCUCUCUCCCUCCCCUCUCUCUCCUCUCCCUCCUCCCCCUCUCUCCUCCCUCCUCCUCCUCUCCCCCUCCUCUCCCUCCUCUCCCCUCCUCUCUCCUCCCCUCUCCUCCCUCCUCCCCUCUCCUCUCCCCUCCUCCCCUCUCUCCUCCCUCUCCUCUCUCUCCCCUCCCUCUCCCCCUCCCUCUCCUCCUCUCCUCCUCUCCCUCCCUCUCUCCUCCCCUCCUCCUCCCUCCCCUCUCUCUCCCUCUCCUCUCUCCCCCUCCUCCCCUCCUCCUCUCUCCCUCCUCCUCUCCUCUCCCUCCUCUCCCCCCUCUCCUCCCUCUCUCCUCCCCUCUCUCCCCCUCCUCCUCUCCUCCCCUCUCCCUCCCCUCCUCCCUCUCCCCCUCUCCCUCCUCCUCUCCUCCCCUCUCUCCUCCUCUCCCUCUCUCUCCUCCUCCCCUCCUCCUCCCCUCUCCUCUCCUCCCCUCUCCUCCUCUCUCCUCCCCUCUCUCCCCUCCUCUCCUCCUCCCCUCUCUCCCUCCUCUCCUCUCCUCCCCUCUCUCCUCCCUCUCCUCUCUCCUCCCCUCUCUCUCCUCCUCUCUCCUCCUCUCCCUCCCUCUCUCCCCUCCUCUCUCCUCUCUCCCCUCCCUCCUCCCUCCUCUCUCCCUCCCUCUCUCCUCCCCCUCCCCUCCUCCUCCUCCCUCUCUCUCCCUCCUCCUCUCCUCCUCCCUCUCCUCUCUCCUCCUCCCUCCCCUCUCUCUCCCUCCCUCCUCUCCCCUCCUCUCCUCCCUCUCCUCUCCUCCCCUCCUCUCUCCCUCCUUCUCUCCUCCCCUCUCUCCCCUCCCUCUCUCCCUCCCCUCUCUCUCCCUCCUCUCUCCUCUCUCCCCUCUCUCCUCCCUCCCUCCUCUCCUCCCCUCUCUCUCCCUCCUCCUCUCCUCUCCCCCUCUCCUCCUCCUCUCCUCUCCCUCCCCUCUCCUCCCCCCUCCUCUCUCUCCUCCCUCUCUCCCCUCUCUCCCUCCCCUCUCUCCCUCUCCCUCUCCUCCCUCCUCUCUCCUCCCUCCUCUCCCCUCCUCUCUCCCUCCUCUCCCUCCCUCCUCCUCUCCCUCCUCUCUCUCCUCCCCCUCUCCCUCCUCCCUCUCCUCUCCUCUCUCCCUCCCCCUCUCCUCCUCCCCUCUCUCCCUCCUCCUCUCCUCCUCUCUCCCCCCUCUCUCCCUCCUCCUCUCCUCCUCUCUCCCUCCUCCUCCCCUCUCUCUCCCUCCUCCCCUCCCUCUCUCCUCCCCUCUCUCCCUCCUCUCUCCUCCUCCCCUCUCUCCCCUCUCCUCUCCUCCUCUCCCUCUCCUCCCCUCUCCUCCUCCCCUCUCCUCUCCUCUCCCUCUCUCCCUCCUCUCCUCCUCCUCCUCUCUCUCCCCUCCUCCCUCCUCCCUCUCUCCCUCCUCUCCCUCCUCCCUCCUCUCUCCCUCCUUCUCUCACCCCUCCCCUCUCUCUCCCCUCCUUCUCUCACUCCCCUCUCUCUCCCUCCUUCUCUCACUCCCCUCUCUCCCCCUCCUUCUCUCACUCCCCCUCUCUCUCACUCCUUCUCUCACUCCCCUCUCUCCCUCCUCUCCUCUCACUCCCUCUCUCCCUCCUUCUCUCACUCCUCUCUCUCCCUCCUUCUCUCACUCCCCUCUCUCCCCCUCCUUCUCUCACUCCCCUCUCUACAUCCCUCCUUCUCUCACUCCCCUCUCUCUCCCUUCUCUCCCUCCCCUCUCACUCCCCCCUCCUCUCUCUCACUCCCCCUCUCUCUCACUCCUUCUCUCACUCCCUUCUCUCCCUCCCCCUCCUCCCUCCUCACUCCCACUCUCUCUCUCCCAUCCUUCUCUCACUCCCCUCUCUCUCCCUCCUCUCUCACUCCCCUCCUCUCUCCCUCCUUCUCUCACUCCCAUCUCUCCCUCCCUCCUUCUCUCACUCUCCCCUCUCUCUCCCUCCUUCUCUCACUCCCCCCUCUCUCUCCCUCCUUCUCUCACUCCCCUCCUCUCUCCCCCUCCUUCUCUCACUCCCCUCUCUCUCCCUCCUUCUCUCUAAUCCCUCGCCUCCCUCCUCUCUCCUCUCCCUCUCUCUCCCUCCUCCCUCUCACUCCCCUCUCUCUCCCCCCCUCUCCCUCCUUCUCUCACGCCCCUCUCUCUCCCCCUCCUCUCUCACUCCCCUCUCUCUCCCUCCUUCUCUCACUAGCCCCUCUCUCACUCUCCUUCUCUCACUCCCCUCUCUCCCUCCUCCUUCUCUCUCACUCCCCUCCUCUCUCCCUCCUUCUCUCACUCCCCUCUCUCUUCUCCUUCCCUCCUCCCCUCUCUCCACUAAAAUCCUUCUCUCACUCCCCUCCUCUCCCCCUCCUCUCUCCCUCCCCUCUCCCCUCUUCUCUCACUGAAACAGUAACGAAAACCCUCUCUCUCCCUCCUCCUCUCACUCCCCUCUCUCUCACUCGGCCUCCGUCUCUCCUUCCCCUCCUCUCCCCCCUCCUUUUCUCUCACUCCCCUCUCCUCCCUCCUGUCUCUCACUCCCCUACUCUCUCCCUCCUUUCUCUCCCUCCCCUCUCUCUCUCCCUCCCCUCUCUCACCCCCUCUCUCAAUCCCCUCGUCCUCUCCUCCCCUCUCCUUCUCCUCUCUCCUCUCGCCCCCUCUCUCCCUCCUUCUCUCCCUCCCUCAUCUCCCUCCUCCUUCUCUCACUCCCAUCUCGUCUCUCCCCUCCUCUCUCCGUCACUCCCCUCUCUCUCCCUCCUUCAUCUCACUCCCCUCGUCUCUCCCUCCUUCCUCUCACUCCCCUCUCCUCCCUCCUCCUCUCUCUCCCCUCUCUCACCCCUCCUCUCUCACUCCCCUCUCUCUCCCUCCUUCUCUCACUCCCCUCUCUCCCUCCUCUCUCCCUCACUCUCCCCUCUCUCUCCCCCCCUCCUUCUCUCACUCCCCUCUCUCCCCCUCCUUCUCUCUCACUCCCCUCUCUCUCCUCCUUCUCUCACUCCCCUCUCUCUCCCUCCUUCUCUCACUCCCCUCUCUCCCCCUCCUUCUCUCACUCCCCUCUCUCCCCUCCUUCUCUCACUCCCCUCUCUCUCCCUCCUUCUCUCACUCCCCUCUCUCUCCCUCCUUCUCUCACUCCCCUCUCUCCCCCUCCUUCUCUCACUCACUCCCUCUCUCUCCCUCCUUCUCUCACUCCCCUCUCUCCCCUCCUUCUCUCACUCCCCUCUCUCACUCCCUCCUUCUCUCACUCCCCCUCUCUCUCCCUCCUUCUCUCACACUCCCCUCUCUCCUCCCUCCUUCUCUCACUCCCCUCUCUCUCCCUCCUUCUCUCACUCCCCUCUCUCCCCUCCUUCUCUCACUCCCCUCCCCUCUCUCCCCCUCCUUCUCUCACUCCCCUCUCUCCCUCCUUCUCUCACUCCCCUCUCUCCCCCUCCUUCUCUCACUCCCCUCUCUCUCCCUCCUUCUCUCACUCCCCUCUCUCCCUCCUUCUCUCACUCCCCUCUCUCCCCUCCUUCUCUCACUCCCCUCUCUCCCCCUCCUUCUCUCACUCCCCUCUCUCCCCCUCCUUCUCUCACUCACCCCCUCUCUCCCUCCUUCUCUCACUCCCCCUCUCUCCCCCUCCUUCUCUCACUCCCCCUCUCUCCCCCUCCUUCUCUCACUCCCCUCUCUCCCCCUCCUUCUCUCACUCCCCUCUCUCCCUCCUUCUCUCACUCCCUCUCUCUCCCUCCUUCUCUCACUCCCCUCUCUCCCCCUCCUUCUCUCACUCCCCUCUCUCCCCCUCCUUCUCUCACCCCUCUCUCUCUCCUCUCUCACCCCCUCUCUCCCCCUCCUUCUCUCACUCCCCUCUCUCCCCCUCCUUCUCUCACUCCCCUCUCUCCCCCUCCUUCUCUCACUCCCCUCUCUCCCCCUCCUUCUCUCACUCCCCUCUCUCCCUCCUUCUCUCACUCCCCUCUCUCUCCCUCCUUCUCUCACUCCCCUCUCUCCCCUCCUUCUCUCACUCCCCUCUCUCUCCCCCUCCUUCUCUCACUCCCCUCUCUCCCCCUCCUUCUCUCACUCCCCUCUCUCCCCCUCCUUCUCUCACUCCCCUCUCUCCCCCUCCUUCUCUCACUCCCCUCUCUCCCCCUCCUUCUCUCACUCCCCUCUCUCUCCCCUCCUUCUCUCACUCCCCUCUCUCCCCUCCUUCUCACUCCCCUCUCUCCCCUCCUUCUCUCACUCCCCCUCUCUCCCCCUCCUUCUCUCACUCCCCUCUCUCCCCUCCUUCUCUCACUCCCCCUCUCUCCCUCCUUCUCUCACUCCCCUCUCUCCCCCUCCUUCUCUCACUCCCCUCUCUCCCCCUCCUUCUCUCACCCCUCUCUCCCUCCUCCUUCUCUCACUCCCCUCUCUCCCCCUCCUUCUCUCACUCCCCUCUCUCCCCCUCCUUCUCUCACUCCCCUCUCUCCCCUCCUUCUCUCACUCCCCUCUCUCCCCCUCCUUCUCUCACUCCCCUCUCUCCCCCUCCUUCUCUCACUCCCCUCUCUCUCCCUCCUUCUCUCACUCCCCUCUCUCCCCUCCUUCUCUCCUCCCCUCUCUCCUCUCCCUCCUUCUCCUCACUCCCCUCUCUCUCCCCUCCUUCUCUCACUCCCCCUCUCUCUCCCUCCUUCUCUCACUCCCCUCUCUCUCCCUCCUUCUCUCACUCCCCUCUCUCCCCUCCUUCUCUCACUCCCCUCUCUCUCCCUCCUUCUCUCACUCCCUCUCUCUCCCCCUCCUUCUCUCACUCCCCUCUCUCCCCUCCUUCUCUCACUCCCCUCUCCCCCUCCUUCUCUCACUCCCCUCUCUCCCCUCCUCUCUCACACUCCCCUCUCUCCCCCUCCUUCUCUCACUCCCCUCCUCUCCUCUCCUCCUUCUCUCACUCCCCUCUCUCCCCUCCUUCUCUCACUCCCCUCUCUCUCCCCUCCUUCUCUCACUCCCCUCUCACUCUCCUCCCUCCUUCUCUCACUCCCCUCUCUCUCCCCUCCUUCUCUCACUCCCCUCUCUCUCCCCCUCCUUCUCUCACUCCCCUCUCUCCCUCCUUCUCUCACUCCCCUCUCUCUCACUCCUUCUCUCACUCCCCUCUCUCUCCCUCCUUCUCUCACUCCCCUCUCUCUCACUCCUCCUCUCUCACUCCCCUCUCUCCCCUCCUUCUCUCACUCCCCUCUCUCUCACUCCUUCUCUCACUCCCCUCUCUCUCCCCUCCUCUCACUCCUCACUCCCCUCUCUCACUCCCUCCUUCUCUCACUCCCCCUCUCUCCCUCCUUCUCUCACUCCCUCUCUCUCCCUCCUUCUCUCACUCCCCUCUCUCCCUCCUUCUCUCACUCCCCUCUCUCCCCUCCUUCUCUCACUCCCCUCUCUCCCUCCUUCUCUCACUCCCCUCUCUCCCCUCCUUCUCUCACUCCCCUCUCUCCCCCUCCUUCUCUCACUCCCCCUCUCUCCCCCUCCUUCUCUCACUCCCCUCCUCUCCCCCUCCUUCUCUCACUCCCCUCUCUCUCCCUCCUUCUCUCACUCCCCUCUCUCUCCCUCCUUCUCUCACUCCCCUCUCUCUCCCUCCUUCUCUCACUCCCCUCUCUCUCCCUCCUUCUCUCACUCCCCUCUCUCCCCUCCUUCUCUCACUCCCCUCUCUCCCUCCUCUCCCUCCCCUCUCUCCCACUCCCCCCUCUCCCCCUCCUUCUCUCACUCCCCUCUCUCCCCCUCCUUCUCUCACUCCUUCUCUCACUCCCCUCUCUCUCCCCUCCCUUCUCUCACUCCCCUCUCUCUCUCACUCCUUCUCUCACUCCCCUCUCUCCCCCUCCUUCUCUCACUCCCCUCUCUCUCCCUCCUUCUCUCACUCCCCUCUCUCUCCCUCCUUCUCUCACUCCCCUCUCUCUCCCUCCUUCUCUCACUCCCCUCUCUCUCCUCCUUCUCUCACUCCCCUCUCUCCCCCUCCUUCUCUCACUCCCCUCUCUCCCCCUCCUUCUCUCACUCCCCUCUCUCCCCCUCCUUCUCUCACUCCCCUCUCUCCCCUCCUUCUCUCACUCCCCUCUCUCUCACUCCUUCUCUCACUCCCCUCUCUCCCCCUCCUUCUCUCACUCCCCUCUCUCCCCCUCCUUCUCUCACUCCCCUCUCUCUCACUCCUUCUCUCACUCCCCUCUCUCUCCCUCCUUCUCUCACUCCCCUCUCUCACUCCCCUCUCUCCCCCUCCUUCUCUCACUCCCCUCUCUCUCACUCUCCGUCUUACCCUAG